CGGGAAAUGGUGUCGGUGCAAGCAGUCCCGGGUUGAGCGGGAACGAGAGGCUUCCUGGGUCUGUUUUGCUCGCUAGGGAAAGGCUUCUUGAGAGGCUGAGAGGGAUGCCUCCUUCACAAACCAGGCAUCGUAGAGCAUUGAACGUUUACGGAAGUGGGCUAGUGCAUGGUGAUGAAUCAAGUCCCUUUGAUGUAAGGGAUUGGGGUACUGAAAUUUUGACUGGUCGGUCAACCGGUGCCUAUCCUUCCACUAACUUGGGCUCCCAAGUUGACAGGCAGCAACUCUUGCAAGAAGCGAACAAGAAGCCUCCGGGUCUCACUCAAGAGGUCCUUGAUUGUCUGAACCCUGAGCUUUUCAGCAGCUCAGAAAUGGAUGUCGAUGGGUUGGUUGUAAGAGCAUCCCGAGAUUGUAGUAUCUGCCUGGAGAGCUUCAUGGAUGGAGAUGAGCUGAUAAACUUGCCUUGUGCGCAUAGAUUCCAUGCUGUCUGCUUGGGUCCCUGGGUUCGAAUUCGAGGGGACUGCCCGUAUUGCCGAAGAGUUAUAGUUGUAAAUAGUCACACUGAUAAAAGGACUACAUAGUUUCUGUUGAGAUGAUUUACUGCUUGGGUUGCUCAUUUGCAGGAAAAGUUUUGGAACUUGACCACCAAAUUAUGGUGAUGCUUUCUGAUUAGAUGCAACGAAUCGUUGUUAUGUUUUGUCUUGCA